UUUGUUUUGAAACGUUGAUGUGAGCUUUUUUCAAUUUUUAUCCUAUUUUACAGUAUUUAAGGCGCUACAUGACACGUUUCAUCAUUAUGUAAAUGUGAAUAAAACGCGGACGACCAUUCACAAUCACAAUGGAGCCUGAGCCAAGCACCAGCAAGAAUUCUUCGCCGGCAAGUUCGAGCCUUAAUAUAUCUAAAUCUAGACUUACCAGGGCAAGGAAACGAAAACGUGUAUCAAGUGAGAGCAGUUCAGACACUGACCCUGUGCUGCCGGAGAACCUUCUAGAGGUAGAAAAGAAUCUCCACGCUUCUGCUGUGAAAAAUAAUCUGGAUGAUGUCAGUGUAAAGAAGAUUUUAAAGACUGUAGUCACAAAUGACCAUGUGCUGGCACUGGUCAAACUUCAAGAGGAAGAAGAAAACAUGGAAUCCCACUCGGAUACUCCCAAGCCCAAGCUUACUAGGUCUAAGGCUAAAGAGCUGCGGAAAGUGUCACCAAAAACAGCUUGGAACCUUGAGAACCUAGAGCUAACACCCAUCAAGCAUAUACCAGUAAAGACCCGGCCGGAGGUCACCGCUCUGAUCGCUCAGGAGCUGCCCGAAGACGAGGAUGAUGAAGAGUAUGACCCCAGGGCUGAUGAUGUAGCGAGUGACGAUGACCAUACUCUGGAGUCGUGCAGCGACCUUGACUCGCAGCCCCGCACGCCGGCCACGCCGCGCCGGACCGCUAGCCCCAGGAUCGUCAAAGACGGACCCUUUAAAGUACCACAGGAGAUUUCAACACCCCGCCGCAAACUCGACAUGGACGAAGAAGCCACAAUCGCCCUCCGGACUCGCUCCAAACUCUCCCUGUCCUCCGUGCCCAUCGACCACAUCGAGGGCUCCUUCGUGCCCCCCGACGAGCUCCCCAUGCCGGCCGCUGAUGACGUCUGGACGGAGUUCCUGCAGAUAUGCCUCAACCCUGAAACCGAGGCGCAGGAUGAUGAUGAUGAUCCUGAAUAUAAUGUGGCGCAGGAUCCUGAUGCCCAUGACGAAGACGAGGAAGGCCUAGAGAACAUAAUGACGAUAUCGAAGAAGGAAUUGAACGAUCUAGUCACGGAACUAUUUAACGUUAUGCCUGAUGAGGGCUUGGGCGAUGAACUGGGCGGUAAACUGGUCAGCGAAACAGGGAAAAAUAACGGGACUGAACUUAAUCAAUCGUCAACAAGUUGCAAACAAGAACCGUCAUCCGAAGAAGAAACGCCACAAACCCCGGCCCUGGUCCAUACGAUAGGGAAAGAGAAGCGGCUAUCCAUUGGAAAGAGUGAGGUGCUCACCGACAACGAAUGCCAGGAGAGUGAGAAGGAAAAUACAGAGAAGAAUAAAGCUCCUCGGCCCCCGCCUCCAACGGAAGUGACGAUAUCGGUGGUGGAGCACGGGCUCAACGCGGUCCCGGGCGCCGCCGGGCCGCCCGUCCCUCCCGCCCCGCUGCAGAACCUCCUCGUCAGCACCCAGACCGUCGUCGUGCAAGUCGAACAGGGCGUCAAGCACGGGCUCAACGCGGUCCCGGGCGCCGCCGGGCCGACCGUCCCUCCCGCCCCGCUGCAGAGCCUGCUCGUCAGCACCCAGACCGUCGUCGUGCAAGUCGAACAGGGCGUCAAGGUUCCAACGGCAGCGACGAUAUCGGUGGUGGAGCACGGACUCAACGCGGUCCCGGGCGCCGCCGGGCCGACCGUCCCUCCCGCCCCGCUGCAGAGCCUGCUCGUCAGCACCCAGACCGUCGUCGUGCAAGUCGAACAGGGCGUCAAGGUUCCAACGGCAGCGACGAUAUCGGUGGUGGAGCACGGACUCAACGCGGUCCCGGGCGCCGCCGGGCCGCCCGUCCCUCCCGCCCCGCUGCAGAGCCUGCUCGUCAGCACCCAGACCGUCGUCGUGCAAGUUCCAACGGCAGUGACGAUAUCGGUGGUGGAGCACGGGCUCAACGCGGUCCCGGGCGCCGCCGGGCCGCCCGUCCCUCCCGCCCCGCUGCAGAACCUCCUCGUCAGCACCCAGACCGUCGUCGUGCAAGUCGAACAGGGCGUCAAGGUAUUACCCGAACAAAUAGCGAUAUACCAGCAGCAGCUGCGGCAGCACGUGCAACUAUGCGCCUCCAAUUUCCUGCAGCUGUUCGUGCAUCCCGUGCACUGGGCGCUUGCACCCACCUAUAAAGAGAAUUUGGAAACCUUUUAUAAAAUGGUGGAGGACAACCCGGAAUCCGUGGCCAACGUCUGCAAUCUGAAGCCCGCUGUAGACUUAGUGCGGAGCUGGGAAACGUCCGUCUCGGCUGACACCCCGGAAAAUAUGGAAAUGAUUGCGUUCGUCCAGAAGCAGAUAGAAAGAUCUCGUCGCCGCGCCGCCCAGAACAAUUUGUACGUGGGGGACUUCCCGAAAACAUUCAUGAACGUGGUGUCCAACAGUCCCGUGUUCCUGUACCCUCAUCUGCUGCCGCCCUUGCCCUUCCGUUCGGACGUCUUCAGGAAGUUCGGGUACCUACGCUGCGAAGAUGAACUGCUAACCCUCGGCAUGGACCAAUUCUGGCAAUACGUAGAAGACAACCCCGAUUUAUUCAACAUCCAGCCCACUAACUCCGUGCACCGCGCCGGUCUCAUCGCCACGCUACAACUGGUCUGCAAGCACAUGUUCCCCUGGAUCAAGCCCAAGGGGCUGCUGGCUCAUAUACGACACGUCAGGCAGUUUAGGAAGGAUAAUAAGGACAAUCCUAUCAUUCCCACUAACUCCGUGCACCGCGCCGGUCUCAUCGCCACGCUACAACUGGUCUGCAAGCACAUGUUCCCCUGGAUCAAGCCCAAGGGGCUGCUGGCUCAUAUACGACACGUCAGGCAGUUUAGGAAGGAUAAUAAGGACAAUCCUAUCAUUCCCACUAACUCCGUGCACCGCGCCGGUCUCAUCGCCACGCUACAACUGGUCUGCAAGCACAUGUUCCCCUGGAUCAAGCCCAAGGGGCUGCUGGCUCAUAUACGACACGUCAGGCAGUUUAGGAAGGAUAAUAAGGACAAUCCUAUCAUUGUAAACAACCCUACCUUAUUCAACAUCCAGCCCACUAACUCCGUGCACCGCGCCGGUCUCAUCGCCACGCUACAACUGGUCUGCAAGCACAUGUUCCCCUGGAUCAAGCCGAAGGGGCUGCUGGCUCAUAUACGACACGUCAGGCAGUUUAGGAAGGAUAAUAAGGACAAUCCUAUCAUUAAAUUCUUCGAGAAGCGAGAAGUGACGCCGGUGAAACACACACUGCUGCCGUUCAACCCUAACUUGACGUUAUAUGAACAGCCCGAAAACGAAAUACCAAGGAUUUGGGUUCGGCAUUUAUCGCAGAGCAGCAAGCGGUUCAUGGAUGCCAGAUACCGUCGCACGACCUUCCUCCACCACUUCGGCCAGGCCCCCGCCGGGGUGCCCGUGGAGCUCGGCGCCGCCGUCGCCGCCCCCCCCAAGAACCCCCUCCCCAUCGACUUCACCAAGCAGUACCACACCAACCGACCCUCCGACCUCCCCAAGCCCGAUCAAAACAAACAGGACAGGUUCGACAUCCAAGUAGCCCCAACCCAAGACCAAAAUACCCCAUGUACCACUAUAACCCCGGUAACAACCACCGAAACCGAAAUCCAAAUAUUCAACUACAGUGUAGUAAACACUCCUAGCGGAGCCUUCUUAAUACCAGUGGCGACCAACGUCACUAACAGCGCAACAACUCCUAUAUGCUCCUCAGAAGUCAACGAGACGCCACAGAGUAAAAGAGUCUCCGUGUCUAUACCGAUGACUCCUGUUAAUAAAAACUUAGUUGAAGAAGUACCUAUAGGUGACCAUUGCCUUUGCUGUAUAAAACUAAGAAGGAUUAGUAAACUAAAACAGACUUUGAUAACGGACUUCUUAAAAAUACCAAAGAAAAGGCCAGGUUGUCCGUGUAAAGAGAAGAAAAGUACGAAGUAUCCGAGAGCCACGAAGAAAUUGAGGUUGCUCGUGAACAGUUAUAAGGCGAAGUACACACUGGCGUGGAGCGCGUUGGAUGGUCAGGUGAAAAUGCUGAAGAAAAGCUUGAGUUUCAAGGCCCAGAAACCUAUGGUGCCUGUGCAGUAUAGUUUGGAGGAGAUAGCUGCCGUGACAUCAUUCCAACUCAAACUAACAAUGCGCUCCAACGUAGCGCGCAGCGUAUGGGUUAAAAAAAAGAUAUACACCACCAUCGCCCAAUUCAACCCUGACACUGAUGACAUCUACACAUUCAUGAGAAAUAUCGAGAAAAUACUGGACACGGAGGGAGUGGAUGUUUACAAGGAGUUCUUGGGGUUUCUGACGAUGGAACAGGCGGAUAAGAUUGGGAAUUAUGUGGAUUAUUUUAACCAAGAGUGCCUUACGGGCUUGAUGAAGAAGGUUGAGGAGGUAGUACUAUGCAGGAAGCGUAAAUAUGAAAUCCUGCAAUGCGUGUACAACACUCUAGUGGUCCAACGAAGAAACGCGUGUGACAUUUGCUCCCGAAUCCUUGACACGUGUGACGGGUACCCGUCGCUGGCGGAAUACGUAUUCUCGCUGUUCCCGCACACUAACCCAAUACUUGAUCCAAAGAAUCAGAAUAAAGUGGCGAUCCGUGAACAAAACAAAAGCGCACCAGUGCAAAGUUCUCGAAUAGUAAUAAAUACGACUCCGAAUAAUACUAAAAAUAAUACAGGGAAAGAUAGUGCCGUCCCUGAACAGAGUAGUAGAAUUCUACGAUCGAAGAGCAAAAUGGCGAAAAAUAAUGGCCCCCAAUCUACACACGUAGAAAAAGCUGUAGUGUCAUUACUUUCAGACGAAGAAGAUAGCACUGUCUCGCAAGUCACAGAUAACAUACAGAAUAGUGCACCACAAACCAUAGACAUUAAGGCUCAAAGCACAGAUAAUGUAGAGCACAGAUUAGAGCAACGUACAGAUAAUAUGGAGGUAGACAAUGAUAAAACCACAGAGAAUGUGGAAGAGUCUGAAUCACAAGCGAUGGACUAUGAAGCUGAUCAUUCUGCCAGUGAUGACGACUCAAGGAAUGAUAGUUUAAUAAUUAAUGAAAAUCCCGAAGAAUUAACUGAAAUACAAAGCAGUGAUAUUAAAACAGAGGAGCCUGUAUCAGAAAACAUGAUAGACACACCAAAUCUUACCAUAAACAAAACCGAAGUCCGAAAUUACUCCGAUUCCGAAAUGUCCAUGAUGAUCAUGUCAGAAGACGAACACACAGUCAAAACCGAGGCCCCUGAGUGGAAAAGAGACGAAGAUAAAACACUUCUAGAAGUAUUGAAGCAGAGCUUGACCCCAGAAGAGAUGAAGGAUAAAACUAUUUUGGAAAUCAUUGAGCAGAAAAAAGUCGUGCAGCUGGCCUCUGAGAGCCUACCAGAGAAAUCCUUGGACGAUGUUAGGGAACGAAUGCUGUACUUGUUAGAGUUUUUAGUGCUUAAUGAACAAAUGAUCAGUUGAUAAGCUAACA